UGGGACCAAGCAGGCGUUGAGAAGUGAGAGUCUAACGUCUAACGAUACGACAUAUCUUAGGCAAUGUUUUGAUUAUUGUCUUGUCCGAAGAAAACAAAAGUCGGCAUCGGCUCACUCUUAGGCCGAAAGUACUCUUGAAAGUACUCAUCCAGGAAAUGGAAAUGCAUCAUAUCUUCAGUAAUAUCCGAUAAAUGAAUAGCGUUAUCAGUGGACUUAAAGUUCUGUGGCGUACUAUAUCUUGGAGCAACAUUGGUGAAGAUCUGACAAAUAUGUCACGAACGGUAACCCCGAAGCAAAUGCCUAAAAUGGCAGCUUCCAAAGGGAAGCCAGCUACCAAGAAAGGCAGUGGUAAACCAAAGGAUAAAAGCAAAUGCAAAUCUGGAAAUGGUAGUGGUACUAGCAGCAGUACUACUUCUUCUAGUAGUGUAGGCAAUGUGACUUCAGGAUUAGAUAUACCUCUUAAUCCAGAAGUACGAGAGGAACCAGCUCUUACCUUUCCACUAACCAAAACAGCUGACACAAGUCGGACACUGCCCCGUUAUUAUGUUGUUUUGACACGCACUGAGGAAGAGGGAGUUAUGAUGGAUGACUUGGACCAGCUUCAAAUGGACCUAGAAUCUCUUCUUUCUAAGGUUGCUGUCCGUCAACGUCUCCUUCACAGUGAGAUUCUUGCAUUGAACAACUCUGAGAGCAAUAUGGAUAGGGGGAAAGCUUCAUCUCCUGGAAAAAAGGGAAGAUCCAGAGGGAGCAAACUUGUCGAAAAUCUUACCAAAACACGUGAAGUUGCCCGCUCUUCAAGCUCUAAACAUUCUAAGAAACUUUAUCGGCUGGCCCCAUUGGCUGGGUCUGUACCUGUGGUACCUCCAGAUAAUGAUCCCAAGCCACCUGCUCCCAAGGUUUUUGUCAGCAAAAACAGUGCUCCUAAUCGGUUUUGGGCUUCAGUUGAUCCAUACUGUUCAGAAGUUAAUCAAGAGCAUGUUAAGGUAUUGGAGGAUUUGAUCCAUCAUAAUGAGUCAAGCUUACAGUCUCUUCUUGAAACACCAGGCCUUGGAGAACAUUAUAGUGUGAAUUGGGCUCUCCAGGAACUCGCUGAGGCUCAAGAAGCUGCCAGCAUGAAUAAACAACGGCGUAAACACACCCCUCUUCCUAACUCUCAAGAAGCGUCCAGUCUUUUAAAGAGGAGUGCUCGUUUUGGGUUUGAGAAACAAACAACCACUGCUGGACCUGGACCUUUUGCUAAUAGACUCUUAGCUGCGCUCAUUCAAGAGAAUCCUGUAUCACCUUUGCACGAGUCCUCAGAGUGUAAUAAAGUUAAAGUGAAGGUAGAAAAUGAUGAUGAUGAAACAUCCAGUGCUAAGCGUAUAAAGCUAGAACCUGGUGAGAAAACAUUGAAAGACAGAGUUCGAACUGGAGGAACCACCAAAGCUGUGGGUGGGGAAAAUAUUGUUCCAUACAAGCCACACGUGAUUGCUUGUUUUGAGAGAAGUCUCCGCCUCCAACUUGAAGCUCAAGGCCUUUUAGAUGCCCCGGAAGUUAAGAAGGAAGAGGAAGAAGAUGGCGUUCUUUCAGAGCUUCAUAGAUGCCAGGAAGAACUGCAAGUUUUAUCUCAAGAAAAUGAAAGGCAACUUAGAGCUAUGAUAAAGUUAUUGCAAGAUGAGAUGGUGAGCCAAGACCUCCGCAGAAAACUAAAACAUCAAGAUAAUGAGAUUUUGGAGAAUUAUCGUAAAAUUGUAGCUGCUAAACAGAAAAGAAAACCUCUGUCAAAAUUAGAACGCGAUGCAGCCUGGAAAGCUGUCAGGGACAGGGAAAUCAUUGUAAAAAACUUAGAUGCUUUAGAAAGGAAGUGGUGAAAUCAAGGAGUAGCACCCUAUUUUAAAGGUGCAACUCAUGUUCUUUUAAAUGUUCUACCAUAAAAUUGGUAUUUCUCUUAUAGUUUUUGUGUUACAUGUGUCAUCACAAUAAGACUGUUUAGGAAUAUUUAAUCCUCAAUCAAUUGAGUUCAUUGUGUGAAUCUUCAUUAAUGUGUUUGUUUAAAACCCUUAAAGUGACUUUUGUUUUGCAUCAACAUGUUGAAUUUAUUAUAGUUUUACUUCUUUGGUCUUGAUUACUAGUAUGAGACAGAGCAUCGCAUAAACGGGAAUUGAGGCCGCUCGCUGAGGCCGAGGCGCGGCCUGAGUGAGGACGACCCCGGCCGAGCCGCUGCCUCAGCAGUCGGCCUAAAUUCCCAUUUAUGCGGUGCUCUGGUAUCAGAUCCUUGGUCAUAAUGAUCGUAAUGAUAAACAUAACCAAUUUUUCCCCCCUUUUUUUAUAUCUAUUAAUAGGUUAUUUUUUUAAUUAGAUUUCCUCUGCAAAGAUCUUGAACUGUUUUGCCAUUUUUGCUUUGUGGUAAUGUGUCUCAUAUUAUUAUCUAUAAAUCGAUUGUGUGUGUGUGUGUGUGCAAUUUUCUGUUGUUUAUUUUGCAUAAAUUUUCUGUUGUUUCUAAGCGUUUUUGCCUGUAAAUAUAUAUUUCACAUUCA